UGGAACUCAGAAGUUUAAAGCUAUGGUUUUUGACAUAGAACCACAAAACAUAGCCUAAGUCAUGUCUUUUUGCAGUUGCAGAAGUGAAAUCAGCUGACAGUGUCUGUGGUCAUGUGACAGUAACAGGAGGAGGACACAAGCUAGCGAAUAACACGCAGGGUGACUGUAGCUUGAGGUCUGAGGAGGACUGUCCGGUUACCUGUUAUAUUUUGUGCUGUCAUGGCACGUCCUGUUUCCGAUAUCGAUAUUGUGAGGUUUAUAUAGGUGGAGUUUGAAUUUCAGGAGCUGUUGUUGUGCUAACGUGCCUGUAGAUUCAGCAUCUCCGCAGGGAAGCUUUUGAUCAGUGAAGCUAUCAGUGGCAAAUUACCCAAAGCAACCAUGACCUCUGAUAUCAACUAUCAGGAUGGCCCAGAGUUUUCUAGAAGAGAUGAGAGCCCUUCUGAGGAUGAGCCUAUCCAUUCACUUAGUUCUCCACGGCAGACAGAAUAUGAGCGAAUCGGAGGAAGGACAGGAUCCUCUUUUUUUCAGACCCUAAUUCAUUUACUGAAAGGAAAUAUUGGCACCGGACUGCUCGGCUUGCCUUUGGCUGUCAGGAAUGCAGGCCUCCUGGUGGGUCCUUUAAGUCUUCUGGCCAUGGGCAUUGUGGCUGUACACUGUAUGAACCUCCUUGUGAAAUGUUCACAUCAUCUAAGUGCAAAGUUGGGUAAGCCAUUCCUGUCAUAUGGUGAUGCAGUGGAGUACGGGAUGGAGAAUGUACCGUGGCUGAGUAGACACUCUUUUUGGGGAAGGCGUGUGGUGAAUUUGUUCCUCAAUAUAACCCAGCUGGGCUUCUGCUGUGUGUACUUUGUGUUUCUCAGUGACAAUGUCAAACAGGUGGUUGAGACUGCCAAUGGUACAACCAUGAACUGUCACAAUAACGAGACAUCAGUGAUCGUUCCCAGCUAUGACUCUCGUCUCUACAUGCUGUUCUUCCUGCCCUUUGUCAUCGUGUUGGUUUUUAUCCGCAACCUCAAGUACUUGUCUCCUCUGUCCUUCAUAGCAAACGUGUCCAUGUGUAUCAGCCUGGUCCUUAUAUACUACUACUGUCUAACGAAUAUCCCCUACCCAAUUGACCUUCCAUUGGCGGGACGAGGAGUUGACUAUCCUCUAUUCUUUGGAACAGCAAUAUUCGCCUUUGAGGGAAUUGGAGUUGUAUUGCCUCUUGAGAAUAAGAUGCAGAAUCCCAGAAACUUUACCACGGUUCUGUAUCUGGGCAUGGGUAUCGUCACCACCCUCUACAUCACUCUGGGCACCAUUGGCUACAUUGGCUUUGGAGAGAAUAUUCGGGGCAGCAUCACUUUAAAUUUACCAUUGUGUUGGUUAUAUCAGAUCGUGAAGUUGCUUUACUCUUUUGGAAUCUACAUCACAUACGCUCUACAGUUCUACGUGUCAGCAGAAAUUCUCAUCCCGCCAGCGGUGGCGCGAUGCAAUCCCAGAUGGGCAUUAUUGGUGGACCUCAGCAUCCGGGUGGCUCUUGUAGGCCUUACAUGUGCUCUUGCCGUAUUGAUUCCAGAGCUUGACCUUGUGAUAUCUCUGGUGGGUUCGGUGAGCAGCAGCGCUCUCGCCCUCAUCAUCCCACCCCUGCUUCAGAUUAUGACCUUCCAUAAUGAAGACUUGAAGGUUUGGGAGAAGGUCAAGAAUAUUGGCAUCAGUCUCAUUGGCUUGGUGGGCUUUGUGGCGGGGACCUACAUCUCCAUCCAGGAGAUUAUCGUUCGUGGCAGUGCCAGGCACAACGCUACACAACUUCAGCUACUGUGAAUGUUGACAGAGUGACGAAUUAAAUGUAGGCCAUAUAGACUCACUGAAUCAAUAAAUCACUACAUGGUCCUUUUGUUUUCUGCUGAAUUUCACUUGGGAGAUCAUUGUACAGAUAAUUCUUAGAUACUCUUGGUUUUAAAAAUAUUUGUUCUUCAGUUAUGCUCAUUCUUUUUUUGUGUGUGUGUCAAUGUACUACUCAUUUAUACAAAAUCAGUAAAAAAUGGCCAUUUAUCAAAAUUUUAAGAUUGUACCAAUAAGAUUAAUCUCAAAACUGUUUGUUUUAAUUUCUUGUUUACAUUGUCUCAAUAUCAUGAAUGUAUUUGUUUACUCAUUCAUUUGGAUUUACCAGGUCAGGUUUGGCAAACAAGUACUGUUUACUCAUUCUGUUGAUAUAUGUUGCUAUGAAAAAUACAUUAAUUGUUUAUUAGUAUUUUUAGGGCUCAUUUCCGAGGCUGAAAGGAAGUGAUGUUUAAACAUGUUUAUGAAGUUGAAAAUUUGAACAUUAUACCUUCUAGAUUUGCCAGUCUGAUCAGAAUCAUUAAAUUAAGAGCUGUCCAAAAGGAAUGUGCCAACGGUUCUGAAACACUGUAAUCUAAACAAAUCAACAAUCUACAUCAAAAGCAGAUUAUUUAAUUAACACUUGCAUCUGAUUGCACAAUUUCUUCUUAUUACACCUAUUGCUGUGUUUUAAUGCUUUUUAUUCAUUGACACAUAUUUACCAAAAUGUAAUUGAUGCCAUUUUAUUUGUGUCCUAUCACACAUUAGACUCAUCUAACUGUCUUUGUCAUUCAGGUGCCAUCUUUGAGUCUUGUAGUAGAGAAAUCUGUAUAUUGACCUAAUAAUGCGUCUAGUUUUUUCCUGACUAUGUCUUUCAUUUAGGACCCACCCUGUAUUGUCAAUAUUACAAUAUCUAGAUAUGACCUGUCCAAUUGUACUGUAUAUAAUUGUUACCUCUGUUAUGAUGUUUGGCACAUGAAACACUAAUUUUAGGCAAACUAUCAGGAGUGUUUUUUUAACUGUACCUACAGUAUGUUGAAUAGGUUUCUUUUUUAAGGCAUCUCAACUAUGAUGUUGUUGUUAACUUUUUACUUGAGGUACUUGUUUAUUUUUUGUUGUGGAUUUGCUGUAUAUAUUGAUGGCAGUGCCAAAUUUGUUGACUGGGGAGAUUUUUUUUAUUAUUAUUUUUUGAUCAUUUAUUGUAUUUUUGGAAUUGCACUCAGUUGUAAUUGCUGUGUUAUUUGUUUUGUCUUUGUGGUUUCAUGACUUUUGGCCUUAUUGUACAUGUAUUGUAAGUAGUUUGUCCAUGCUCAAUUUCCUCUCAAUUUUAAAGUUGUAUAAUAUAUAGAGAUGAUGUAUUAAGGUUAAAUUAAUCCAGGAAGAGAAAAGUAAUUUUGCUAAUAACUGUGCUGUACUGUUUCUUGGUUUGCUGAAUUAUGAACAAUGCACAAUUAAACCACCAG